CGCCGCCGCCAGCUUGCUGCCGGUAGGGCUCCCGGCGUUUCGGCGGCCGAAGGUGCACGCGGUUCGGGGCUGUGCUUUGGAGCGCGCGUGCAAGUGGCGAUGUCGCACCCGACACCCCAGGCCAAGCCGUCCAACCCCAGUAACCCCCGAGUCUUCUUUGAUGUGGACAUCGGGGAGGAGCGAGUUGGUCGAAUUGUCUUAGAAUUGUUUGCAGAUAUUGUACCCAAAACUGCAGAAAAUUUUCGUGCACUAUGUACAGGAGAAAAAGGCAUUGGACCCACCACCGGGAAACCUCUCCACUUCAAAGGAUGCCCUUUCCAUCGAAUUAUUAAGAAAUUUAUGAUUCAGGGUGGAGACUUCUCAAAUCAGAAUGGGACAGGUGGAGAAAGCAUUUAUGGUGAAAAAUUUGAAGAUGAGAAUUUCUAUUAUAAGCAUGAUCGGGAGGGUUUACUGAGCAUGGCGAAUGCUGGUCGAAAUACAAAUGGUUCUCAGUUUUUCAUCACAACAGUUCCAACUCCUCAUUUGGAUGGGAAACAUGUGGUAUUUGGCCAAGUAAUUAAAGGAAUAGGUGUGGCCAGGACACUGGAGAAUGUGGAGGUGAAAGGUGAAAAACCUGCCAAACUGUGCGUCAUUGCAGAAUGUGGAGAACUGCAGGAAGGGGAUGACUGGGGACUAGUCCCCAAGGAUGGCUCUGGUGACAGCCACCCGGACUUCCCUGAGGACGCAGACAUGGACCUGAAGGAUGUAGAUAAAAUUUUAUUAGUUACAGAAGACUUAAAAAACAUUGGAAAUACUUUUUUCAAAUCUCAGAACUGGGAGAUGGCUAUUAAAAAAUAUACAAAAGUUUUAAGAUACGUGGAUAGCUCGAGAGCUGUUGCUGAGGAAGCAGACAGGUUGAGGCUGCAACCUGUAGCUUUAAGCUGUAUGCUGAACAUUGGUGCUUGUAAACUGAAGAUGUCAGACUGGCAGGGAGCAAUCGACAGCUGUUUGGAGGCUCUUGAAAUAGACCCAUCGAAUACCAAGGCCCUGUACCGCAAAGCUCAAGGAUGGCAAGGCUUAAAGGAAUAUGAUGAAGCUUUGGCUGAUCUUAAGAAAGCUCAGGAGAUAGCGCCAGAAGAUAAAGCUAUCCAGGCAGAACUGCUGAAAGUCAAACAAAAGAUAAAGGCACAGAAAGACAAAGAGAAGGCGGUAUAUGCAAAAAUGUUUGCUUAA